UGAACACUGAGAUCGCUAAUGCUGCUCAUUUACGCGACCAUCAUACAGAACCAGCGUUGGCAUCGCUUCAAUCAAUGGAUAAUAUUCACUGCUCUUUUACGUUCAAAUUGAUCGCAAAACAGCAACCUAAACAGUCCCGUAUGUGCGGUGUAGGCGAAAGGUUUGAUCGAAGGCCUGUUGAUCCUCCUCCUAUCAUACAGCUGGUAAUGUCAAGUAAAGACGGCUCAAAACAGUCUGAAAGCUUAAUCUUUGAAAGCCCAUGGCUAUUCAUGUGCGCUACUUUACUACCGGAAGACGACACUGGCAAUAAUAAAUUUCAACUCAAUACAACCCUUCGAUCAGCAACAGGGUGCAUGGUUUCGUCUCUGAACCAGCUGAAGAACCUGAACAAUGAAAAUGGCGCCUUUUUUGUGUUUCCAGACAUAUCGGUUCGUGUGGAGGGCAAAUAUAGAUUUCGUAUGACCCUUUUUGAAAUUGCAAGGGAUGGGGUCCAUUGCCUAAACUCCAUUGAUACGGACCCUUUCACUGUAUACCCCGCUAAAAAGUUUCCAGGUAUGGAAGAAUCAACAUCCUUAUCUAGGCUCUUUGCUGAACAGGGCUUAAAGAUUCGGAUACGGAAAGACGUACGCACGAGGCGAAAACCUAGUCGAAGGCGACAAUUGGUCGAAAACGCAGUUGCACAGUUGGAAACUGAAAGUCAUGAUCUCGCUACCUCAAGUGAACCAAACCGUAGUCAAGAGGAAAGCCUCAUUAGGUCAAACAGCCCACCGGAUAAACGGAAUCAAAUAAUAGCUGCCCCCUUGCAUACGGGCGGCGCAUCCACUUCUCAUUCGUCACCCACAGUUACCUUGCCUCGUAAUAUCUUGGACACCCACGGAAUGAGCCUUAUACCGUGGCAGAACGCAGACCAAAAGAUUUCAUUACCGCCAAUAAGUGCUAAUCAGUCAAGUAAUACUUCGUACAUAUCCUCCCACAGCUAUCCCAGUUUACACUCGCCUCGAUCGUCGAACUUGCCUCAGCAGGGGUUUGCCACUGCAAGGGAUGAGAAUAUCGUACGAUAUCCGGUAUAUGACUACCCACGUAUACAUCCUAGUACUUUUGACUUACAUAGACCGUUACCACACCCCACAAGGCGACGACAAGAUAAUCAUCCUACGCGAGAUGAAAUGUACCCGGAAGCUUACGGGUCGACAGAUCGUAAUUUGAAGCGUAAGAAGUGACUCCAUCCAAGAAAAAUCGUCAUGAGCACGGUACAGACUUGAUGGGAAAUUUAACAUAGGAAAAAGGUGUAGUCCUUCAUUCCGUUCGGCACAUUAAUCGAGAGAUUUUUACAUAGUCGCGUGUCAUAAUUGUAGCAUACAUAAAUCGCACAUAGCCUGUCGUUUCGUUAUAUAGAUGGAAAAGGCGUUGAUUCGACAGCUAAUGUUAAUUUCAGUAUCAUUGUAUAAUGGGAAUACUUUACAUGCUUUAGCUGCUCGAAGGGAAUUACAUGCUCUGCAAUUAAAUAAGCUGAUCCUUUCCUGUAUUUAACGAAGAUAAAAGCCAG